AUUAUUCGAUGAUCAUAUGAUAGUUUCAUGGUGGAGUUUAAGGUGAAAUUACACUAUUCAUCUAACGUUUCUGCUGCAAAGUUAUGAACUCAGCUGUUUAUCGAAACAAAUACUGUACUAUAAUUCUUUUAUUUUAAUAAUUUAUAAUUUAUUUAAGCGUAAUAACUUAAUUAAAUCCCAUUUCGCAAUUUUCUUCCGGAACACUUGAACCCUAAUUCCCCCAAAUCACAACUAUGGAUUACCAAAUCGAUUUUCAAAUUCAAUGAAAUCAACAGUUUUAGAGAACACUGCAUUAUUCGACCUUAUACCCAACACCGCCGCAAACCUCCGCUCACCGUCACAACUGUCUCAUACCGCAUCUUCUCUCCACCGCUGCCACUGAUACUCAGGUGGCUCUGGCUUAGCCCUGCUCUCCAGUUUGUUGCCUGAUUUUUUCAUUUAGAGAUACAAGAAUUUUAAAAAAGACAAAAGGCGUUGGUACAAAAUGCUUCAGCACCAAGUCGUGCAGUCCCCUGCCAGGCUAGGCCUUACAAAUCCUAACUCACCAUCAAUUUUGAACCCUAACCCACAAAAGCUACCUCCUUCACAGACCCAUCAUCACCAAAACCAUCAUUCUGCAACUCCUUCAGCUGCUCUACUCUCUCUAUUACCACCUCUGCCUAGAGCACAGGCACUUCUUGCUCAAAUGGCUACCUUAGCUUCAAAACUCUUUGAAGUAUCACCCAACAGAUCUGUUUGGCUCACUGCAUUCCGUGGAUCACUCCCAACAUUCCUUUCUUCCCAAACCCAAUCACAUUCAUCUUCCUUGCUUGAGUCCUCUUCGCCUUCCUCCGCCAAAGAAAUUAUUUCACUUUUCACGUCCCUUCAAACCCAAAUAUUUGAAUCUGUUGCUGAACUCCAAGAAAUGAUUGAUCUACAAGAUGCCAAGAAGAAGAUUGACGGGGAAAUUAGGUCAAAAGAUUCAGCACUUCUUGCGUUUGCCAACAAACUCAAAGAUGCUGAGCGGGAACUUGACAUUCUUGUUGAUGAUUACUCUGAUUACCGCCACAACAUCAAGAGAUUGAAAUCAGGAGAUGGUAGUGAAGAUGAUUCCGUAACCAUCUCAACUGUCACAUCUCAGCUGACACUGUCAGAUAUAUUGUCAUAUGCUCAUCGAAUAAGUUAUACAACUUUUGCACCACCGGAAUUUGGAGCAGGAACAGCUCCUCUUCGCGGUGCAAUGCCACCUGCACCACAAGAGGAACAAAUGAGAGCUUCACAGCUAUAUAACUUUGCAGAUCUUGAUAUUGGUUUGCCUAAAGCAGUUGAUAAUAAGGAGAAAACAGUUGAGGCUAUUAUUGAGCCUCCACCUUUACAGCCCGUGGAUACGAAUCCACUUGCAAAUUUGUCUGCAAUUCAAGGGAUGCUUCCUCCCAAUUUUUCUAUUCCGCCCGGUUGGAAACCUGGAAUGCCUGUACAGUUGCCUAUUGAUAUGCCAAUUAAGCCCCCACCAGGGUGGAAACCAGGGGAUCCUGUGGCAUUGCCUCCUGUUGACUCACUUCCAGUGCCAAUAUUUGAGGAACCAAAAAUACCCCCUCACAUUCCUCAGCCCAAGCAGCCUGAAAUUAUUCAAGUGCAGCAUGUUAAUUUGGAUCUCGGAGGAACUGAUAGUAGUGAUUAUAGUAGUGACGAGGCAAGCUCUGACGACGAAGAUUGAAAGUCCAUGAAAUUUAUUUUCUCAAAUUGUCGACUGUACAGGAUUGCUACUAUGAUCAAACACUGUAGAAUUUUCAAGUGAUUGAGGGUUGUUGGUCUGCGAGGGUUCUCUGCCUGAUUAUUUGAGAAACAAAUACAGGAGUCCUUGUACCAUUGUCAAGAUUUGUGCUUUUCUGAAAAAUGACCUAAGUAAGAGCUGGGCCAUUUUUAGUUUUUAUUUUUUCUUUCUUGGAUUCAAUGCAUUUCUCAGUUUUUGGUUUUUUAUAUUCACUUCAUUUAGAAACAGUCCCCCGAGAAGAACCCGUGGAAAGUUCAUUUGGUUCGAAAACGCUACCUUUUGAAUCCUUGUUUGGAAGAUUCUGUCAAUUGGCGCUUCUAUUCUAUCAGAAGUAAUGACCUUUGAAACGUCUGUGCACAAUUUAGAAACUGAUAUUAUCAUAUCCCAUUUUUAAGAAAAUAAAUCAUGUUUCCUGAGCUUGAUACUUGAAUAUUCAUUGAGUCAUGCUGAUUUAUGGGAAACAGAAAGGAAGUAAUAAUAAAGCAAGUUUUAUACACUA